AUGGGAAAGAGCUGCAACACAUUUGAUCUUUUCAUGCAUCAGUACAUCGUCAAAUACAAGAACAGCAAAGUUUGCUACCUCUGCAAGAACAAAGUAACCGCCAACCACAUCGAAAAAAUGGAAGACGUCUGCCCCCAAAUGUGGAGGCACUUUCACGGCCUCACCAUGCAGCCCCAGUGCCCCUUGCAGAGUUUUGGUCAGGUACUACGUGUAAAAGACCUCAGAUUUGAAGAGCUAGAAAAGUACAGGGAUGCCCUGCAGCGGAAGUAG